UAUACGUAUUACGUUCAUAUUUUUGGUCGGAGUGGUGAAAAUUAAUUGAAAUCCAGAUUUAGUGACCCCUGACAAAAGGCACGAGGUGUAAGGAACAACGUAUAUUGAUAAUAGUCAGCGUUGUCUCAUUCGAGCUCGUUUGUUCCAUUUAGAAGGCCUAAUAAUGCUUACGGUAAAUACAAGAGUUCAACAAGGCACACAUGAUUCAAGUAACUGCCUUGAGAGGGAUCGUACGACGAUCGUUUUCGACAUCAAAAUGUGCCCCAGCACAACAGAUGACUGUGCGAGAUGCUUUAAACUCUGCCCUGGAUGAAGAAAUGGAAAGAGACGAGAAAGUGUAUUUACUUGGUGAAGAAGUAGCGCUUUACGAUGGUGCUUAUAAAGUUUCUAGGGGUCUUUGGAAAAAGUAUGGUGAUAAACGUGUCAUCGAUACACCGAUCACAGAAGCUGGUUUUGCUGGCAUUGCUGUUGGUUCUGCGAUGGCUGGGCUUCGACCGAUUUGCGAAUUUAUGACUUUCAAUUUUGCUAUGCAAGCAAUCGAUCAAAUAAUUAAUUCGGCUGCUAAGACUUAUUAUAUGUCUGCGGGUAAAGUUAAUAUACCAAUUGUUUUCCGUGGUCCAAAUGGUGCUGCAGCAGGUGUAGGUGCACAGCAUUCUCAAUGUUUUGGUGCUUGGUAUAGUCAUUGUCCUGGUUUAAAAGUAGUUUCGCCAUAUAAUAGCGAAGAUGCUAAAGGUUUAUUAAAAGCUGCCAUAAGGGAUCCUGAUCCAGUUGUCGUAUUAGAAAAUGAGAUCCUCUAUGGAGUUCAGUAUCCAAUGUCUAACGAAGCAUUGGAUAAAAAUUUCGUUUUACCUAUAGGAAAAGCUAAAAUAGAACGUGUUGGAAAUCAUGUUACUUUAGUGGCACAUUCCAAGGCCGUUGAACAAGCUCUUGAAGCAGCUAAUGAACUUGCCGGGAAAGGGAUAGAAGCUGAAGUUAUUAAUCUUCGUUCCCUUAGACCAUUAGAUAUGGAUACCAUUAUACAAUCAAUAGUGAAAACAAAUCAUUGCGUUACCGUAGAACAGGGUUGGCCACAAUGCGGCAUAGGCGCGGAAAUUAGCGCAAAAAUCUCAGAGAGUGAAGCCUUUUAUCAUCUAGACGCGCCAGUAAUUCGCGUUACUGGUGCCGAUGUUCCUAUGCCAUAUACGAAAAGUUUGGAAAUAGCAGCAUUACCACAAGGAGGCGAUGUAGUCUUUGCUGUAAAUAAAUUAUUAGGGGUAGAGUAGUAAAUGAUAGAAAUAUUUAGGUACAAUUAAUAUCCUUUCGUCUCUGUUUUUCCUUUUCUUUUAAAUUCAAUUUUUAGUAUAUUUUUUUCUUUUAUUUUAAUAUUUCUAUAUAUAUAUAUAUGUAUAAAUAAAUACAUAUAAUAAGUACAAAGUUAGAAAAGGAAAUAGAACAAUUUCUUCAACAUAAGAUCAAUCCGGAUGCGAACAUUUUUCGUCUCUUAAUGUUUAUGACUUAGAUUUUAAACGAAAUUAAAUACGACAUAAUAUGUUUAUUUAACAACUACAGGGAUUAACAAAUCAGAAAAUCUUUACACAGAGGUAUUCAUAAGGUUUCGGUGAAUAUUUAAACAAUCAACGAUUAUAUAUAUUCACACUAUAAUAUAUUCUUAAAAUAUAUAAUGCAAUCACAUAUUGAAUAUUUAUAAAAUCCACAUUUUAGGAUAAAUAUUUUAUUUAUUGAACAGGACAUAUAUUUCAAUGUUAAAUUAUACUCCUAUUAUUAUAUAUAUUUAAAUUAUACUUUGCAAUUUCUUAAUCUCUUUUUUUUACACAUGCAGAUAUAUUGUUUGAACAUUUAUAUUAUAAAAUGCUAUGUUUGUAAAUAUGAUAAAUACCAAUAUACUGCCAUAUUUGAAAUUGCCAACUGCCUUCAUGUAUGAGUUUGUGUCUCUAAAACAGAAAUAUAUCAAACUCUUGCU